GACAUGGCUCUGAAUAAUGCAUUAAAUAUAAGAUGUUUUGGUUCACAACUUCUUGUGACUGAGUCUAUAAGUAUUAAACAUUAUGGAGUUGGUUGUCAUGGUGGCAAAAAUGGUGUUUUUGGAGGUCUAUUUGCCAAUUUUAAAGUAAGGUCAGUUGAAGAUGAAAGUACAUCAAAUUCUGAUUCAGAGUUGCAAAGGCUAGUUGAUCAAACAGAAACUAAGUUGGAUAAGAAAUUUCCAAAGGACUGGAGCUCUUUACCAAGACCAUUAUCUAUUACUGAUUCUUCUCCGGCUUGGGGUGAUGGUUCAAACGUGCGGAUAUCCUUUAAGGGGGUUCCAGGGGCAUACAGUGAGGAAGCAGCCUUAAAAGCAUAUCCUCAGUGUGAGACGGUUCCUUGUGAUGAAUUUGAAGAUGUAUUCAAGGCUGUUGAACGGUUGCUGGCUGACAAAGCCGUUCUUCCUAUUGAGAAUUCUCUAAGCGGUAGUAUUCACAGGAACUAUGAUUUAUUCCUUCGUCACAGGCUGCAUAUUGUUGGUGAGGUUCAGCUGGCAGUUAAUUUCUGCCUUCUAGCCCUUCCUGGUGUUGGGAUGGAGCAUGUCAAACGCGUUCUGAGCCAUCCGCAGGCGCUUGCACAUAGUGAUAGUUUUCUAAGUAAGUUAGGUGUCAUCAGAGAGAACGUCGAUGAUGCAGCUGGAGCUGCUCAGCUGCUUGCCUUGAAGAAGAUGAUGGAUGCCGGCGUAGUUGCCGGUUCUCGAGCUGCAGCAAUCUAUGGGCUCAAUGUGCUUGCUGAAAGCAUUCAGGACAACUCUGACAGUAUAACGCGUUUUCUGGUGCUUGCUAGAGACCCUAUAAUUCCAAGUACCGAUAAGUCUUUCAAGACUAGUAUCGUCUUUUCGUUGGAAGAAGGCCCUGGCGUUCUGUUUAAAGCAUUGGCUGUAUUUGCUUUGCGGAAUAUUAAUUUGACAAAGAUUGAAAGCAGACCACAGAGAAAGCAGCCACUAAGAGUAGUCGAUGCAUUCAAUACAGGGACUGCCAAGUAUUUUGAAUACCUUUUCUAUAUAGAUUUUGAGGCAUCCAUGGCCGAACCUCAUGUUCAACAUGCUUUAGGGCAUUUGCAGGAAUUCGCGACAUUCUUACGACUACUAGGUUGUUAUCCGAUAGAUACAGUGCAAUAGAUGUUUAAUCUUGUGCCAUUUCCUGGAAGUAGUGCUUGUUCAUAUUUAAGAGCUGAAGUUAUUGUUAUUUGACAUGAGAAAGCUGUUGGGAUAUAUACUAUUAAUCAUGUGUUUGGA